AUGGCCUCCGUCGACGUCCGCAAGGUCUCCAUCCUCGGCAAGGAGUCUAUCCACUGCGGCUUUCACCUCAUCCCGUACAUCGUACAAACUGUCAUUGACACACUCCCAUCCUCCACAUAUGUCCUAGUCACCGACACCAACGUCGGGAACCUCCAUCUGUCUGCGUUCCAGGCCGAGUUCGACUCACGCAAAACCUCGACCAACGCAAGGUUCUUCACCUUCGUGAUCGCCCCAGGAGAGACCAGCAAGAGCCGUGAGGGCAAGGCGGAAGUCGAGGACUUCCUGCUAUUGAACCAAUGCACGCGCGACACCGUCAUCCUCGCUCUGGGCGGAGGGGUCAUCGGUGAUCUCGUCGGUUUCGUCGCAGCCACUUUCAUGCGCGGAGUCCGUUUCGUGCAAAUCCCGACGACCCUACUCGCCAUGGUCGACUCCAGCGUCGGAGGCAAGACCGCGAUCGAUACUCCCCACGGCAAGAACCUCAUUGGCGCCUUUUGGCAGCCGGAGUACAUCUUCAUCGAUGCAGCUUUCCUCGAAACCCUCCCCGCGAGGGAGUUCUCAAAUGGUAUGGCCGAGGUCGUCAAGACCGCUGCCAUUUGGAACGAGACAGAGUUCUCCGCGCUCGAGUCGCGCGCCGCCGAAAUCUUCGCGGCUAUCCAAACCCCAUCUGUCAAUUUCGCCGGGCGCACAGAGUCGACGCGCUCGCCUGCGCAAGAGCUCCUUCUAUCCGUCAUCGCCGGCUCGAUCGGUGUCAAGGCGCAUAUAGUCACCAUUGACGAGCGCGAGACCGGCCUGCGCAACCUUGUCAACUUCGGGCACACCAUUGGCCAUGCAAUUGAAGCGGUCCUUACACCCGCCAUGCUCCAUGGGGAAUGCGUUGCGGUCGGUAUGAUCCUAGAGGCGGAGGUUGCUCGUCAGCUGGGUAUCCUCAGCCAAGUCGCGGUCGGACGUUUGACGCGGUCCCUGAAGGCGUACAACCUCCCGGUGUCGCUCUCGGACCCCAGGAUCGCGAGCCUCCCAGCCGCGAGCUCGCUUUCGGUGUCAAAACUUCUCGACAUCAUGCGCAUCGACAAGAAGAACAGCGGUCCGCAGAAGAAGAUCGUCAUCCUGUCGCGCAUCGGUGCGACUUACGAGCCCAAGGCGACUGUCGUCGCGGACAAGGUCAUUGAGAAGACUCUAUCCGAAGCUGUGAAGGUCGUACCCGGCACUCCGAGCAAAAGCCCCAUCCGUAUGGCGACGCCGGGCAGCAAGAGUAUCUCGAACCGCGCGCUCCUUCUCGCGGCGCUCGGAAGUGGUACCUGCCGGCUCAAAAACCUCCUUCACUCCGACGACACGCAAGUGAUGAUGAACGCGCUCGUCGAGCUUCAGGGCGCGAAGUUCGACUGGGAAGACGGAGGCGAGACCCUGGUCGUCUCCGGGGGCGCCGGGGCGCUCUCUGUCCCCAGCGGCGGAAAGGAAGUCUAUCUGGGGAAUGCGGGCACCGCAGCGCGCUUCCUCACGACUGUGUGCACGCUUGUCCAGGCGCAGAGCGCCGACCAGCGUACGAUCAUCACGGGCAACGCGCGCAUGAAGCAGCGUCCGAUCGGACCUUUAGUCGACGCGCUCCGCGCUAACGGCAGCAGCAUCGACUAUCUCGAAAGCCAGGGGUGCCUUCCUCUCUCUAUCGCCCCGGCGGGCCUGAAGGGCGCGCACAUCCAGCUCGCCGCGAGCGUAUCCAGCCAAUACGUGUCGUCCAUACUGCUCUGCGCGCCGUAUGCCGCGGAACCCAUCAAGCUCGAGCUCACCGGCGGCCAGGUGAUCUCACAGCCGUACAUCGACAUGACCAUCGCGAUGAUGAAGACGUUCGGGAUCGAGGUUGUCCGCGAGAAGGACCCGUCUGGAAAGUUGCUGGACGUGUAUCGGAUCCCGAAGGGGGCAUACACCAACCCCGCGGAGUACAACAUCGAGUCCGACGCGAGCAGCGCGACGUACCCACUCGCCAUUGCGGCGAUCACAGGCACGACGUGCACGAUCACGAACAUCGGGUCCGCGUCGCUGCAGGGUGACGCGCGGUUCGCGAAAGAAGUCCUCGAGCCGAUGGGCUGCAAGGUUGUGCAGACCGAGACCGAGACGACGGUGACUGGCCCUCCGGUAGGCCAGCUGCGCGCGCUCGGACUAGUCGAUAUGGAGCCGAUGACCGACGCUUUCCUGACUGCAUCUGUUCUCGCUGCUGUUGCGACUCAGCCGCCUCUCGCGGGCAGGGCAGUGGAGGGCGGAAAGCCGAACGCGACGCGCAUCAUCGGUAUCGCGAACCAGAGAGUGAAGGAAUGCAACCGCAUCAAGGCUAUGAUCGACCAACUCGCCAAGUUUGGUGUGGAGACCUCGGAACUUGAUGACGGUCUCGAAGUGUAUGGGCGACCCAUUUCGGAACUGAAGGAGGGUGUUAGCGUGCACUGCUACGACGACCACCGCGUCGCGAUGGCGUUCAGUGUCCUGGGCAGCGCGAUCAAGGAUACCAUCCUUGAAGAGAAGCGCUGUGUAGAGAAGACGUGGCCGAACUGGUGGGACGACCUUGAGAACAAGAUCGGGCUUGCCGUCGAAGGUGUCGAGCUCUCUUCUCUGCACGAGAUCGCUUCUGCCAGCCGCCCCACGGAUGAUGCCUCACAGGCCUCGGUUGUCCUCAUCGGCAUGCGCGGUUCAGGCAAGACGUUCAUCGGGGAGCUCGCAGCAAGCGCCUUGGGCUGGCAGUUUGUCGAUGCCGAUGCCGCUUUCGAAGAGAAGCACCAGACGGGCGUCCGGGAGUUCGUGCAUCAGAACGGGUGGCCGGCCUUCCGCGAGGCAGAAACUGACAUUCUGCGAGAGCUCCUUUCUCAAAACGGAAGUGGUCAUGUCAUCAGCCUUGGUGGCGGGAUCGUCGAAACCCUGGCUGCGCGCGAGCUCUUGAAAGAGUACACGAAGACGGGCCCAGUCGUGCACAUCGUCCGAGAGAUCGACGAGGUCGUCGGCUACCUCGGCGAGGAGACUGCGCGUCCCGCGUAUGGCGAGCCCAUCGUCGAUGUCUACAAGCGGCGUGCUCCCUGGUUCGCAGAGUGCUGCAGCUACGAGUUCGUCAACUACACGGGUGUGCUCGCCUCCUCCGGGACGCCAGCGCAUGACGACUCGAAGGCGGCGCCUUCGUCUCUGAGCGUCCGCGAGGAGGUCUCGCGGUUCUUCAACCACAUCACUGGACAACAGGCCAACCUCGCCCCGAACCUCGCGAAGGGCAAGAGGUCGUACUUCCUCUGCCUCACAUACCCCGACAUCACUCCUGCGCUUCCUCACGUCCAGGAAAUGACUGCUGGUGUUGAUGCCAUCGAGGUGCGCGUAGACCUCCUCAGGUCGCCCCGGGACUUCGACAAGCUCGGCGCCUAUAUCCCUCCGACGUCCUACGUGACCGAGCAGAUCACGGCCCUCAGGCACAAGACUCGCCUCCCGCUCAUCUUCACCGUCCGCACGGUCUCCCAGGGUGGGCAGUUCCCUGACCACGCCGAGAAGGAAGCGUUCGAGCUCUUCCUCACUGCUGUGCGCCUUGGUGUCGAGUACAUCGACGUCGAGAUCUCGUGGACGGAAAAGAACAUCCAGGACCUCGUCUCGCGCAAGGGCCACUCGAAGAUCAUUGCCUCCUGGCACGACUGGAGCGGGAACAUGCACUGGGGCGGUAAGCCCGUCGAGGCCAAGCACCAGCUCGCGCACCGGUUUGGGGACAUCGUCAAGAUCGUGGGCAAAGCGAACGCGCUCGAGGACAACUUCGCUCUGCACAACUUUGUCUUGCGCACGCAGGCCGUCUCAGGCGCGAAACCCAUCAUCGCGCUCAACAUGGGUGUCGAGGGCCAGAUGUCACGCAUCCUCAACUCGACCUUCAGUCCCGUCACUCACCCGCUUUUGCCGUCGAAGGCCGCCCCGGGUCAGCUGUCGUUUGCGCAGAUUCAGACUGCCCUCCAUCUGUUAGGCCAGCUGCCCGCGAAGAAGUUCUACUUGUUCGGGACGCCGAUCGCGCACUCUAUGUCCCCGACCCUGCACAACACCGCAUUCGAGGCGCUCGGACUUCCGCACAAAUACGAGCUCCUGGAGACCGCGACCGUGGGCGAGGAGAUCAAGGCGGCUAUCACCGCGCCCGACUUUGGUGGGGCGUCCGUGACCAUUCCGUUCAAGAGGGACAUUAUACCGCUCCUUGACGGGCUUUCCGCGGACGCAGAGAUCAUCGGCGCUGUCAACACGGUCAUUCCACAGAAGAGAGAGGAUGGGUCUUUGUCGCUCUACGGAGACAACACGGACUGGCGUGGGAUCACGCAUAGCAUCCAGCGGUCGCUACCACAGGGCAUCCUCACUCCCGAGGCCGCGCUCGUCAUCGGCGCAGGUGGCACGUCUCGCGCAGCGAUCUACGCCUUGUGGAAGUUGGGCAUCCAGACGAUCUACCUAAUCAACCGCACCCGGGGUAGCGCCGAGACGCUCGUCGCCGCGUUCCCUGACGCGAAGAUCCAACUCGUUGAGGAGCUCGGUGUGUGGCCCAACGGCGGCCCCGCCCCGACGGUCGUCAUCUCUACGGUCCCGGCUUCAGCGACGUCACUUGACAGCUCCGCUACGAACGCUCUCUACCUACCCCGUGCCCUCUUCGCUGCCACCAAGGGCGGCGUGGUCGUCGACAUGGCUUACAAGCCCGCCGACACGCCCCUCCUGUUACUGGCGGCGAACGUCGGGACCCAUUGGCGUACAGUGAAGGGCGUCGAGGUCCUGCUGGAGCAGGGCUACCACCAGCUGCAUCUCUGGACCGGUCGGCACUGCCCGAAGGGCGUCGUUGCGGAGCGCGUCUUGAAGGCGUACUCGGCGUCCCCGUAACUCUUGGUUUACAUCAGUUGAAAUGGCUCCAGUCGAUGUAGAGAUAGAAUGAGAAGAGCUCAAAUGUACUUCAUAUAUGUUGAAAAUGUAUGCUGACGCUCUCCGAUGCACAGCUUGAUUGUGGAGCGGUCUCGU